GUUGUUCCAAAUCGAAAUUGGGUUAGAAAUACUGGAAGUAAUAUAUAACUUUGUACCUGUUCCAUUUCAGUCCUAAUUUUUCUGAUUUUAUUUUGCCCAAAAAUAUUUUUGUUCUGCCACCGGUGAGAUUUAAAUCAUAACAUAUAUUUAUAUUAUAUAUAUACGAGAGUACCAGGAAUCACAACUUUUCCAGCUCAUCUCCAUACUUUUGAAAGUGUUGCUCCUCUCGGUACAUCAGCACAGACCUUCCUAGCAUCGGCUAUUUUCACCAUUAGCCGCAUAUCGUUCUCACGGCCUCCAUCUUUGACCAGAACCAAACGUCCACCUUGAGUUCUCGGAAGAAUCGUCCCAAAGAACCAAAAUCAACCUUCGAAUCACGCCAAUUCGACUCCACCGUCUGAAGCACGAAGUAUCUAUACUAGACCGUUGAAAUCGGGAGUCUUUGUCCAACAAACACAGCCAAUUUCAUCCUCCAGUCCAUCUCAGCUUCCAGAGCCCGUUCUCAAGCUGACUUUGUUCGUGUGUUGAUUCCCGCUUAGCCAUAUACAUCUUCAACUAGCUCCGACUAGCUCCCACCGGUAAUCCCAACCAUAGAAAGAGCUUAUAUCGCCGGCAAAGCUAUCUUAGCCCCCAAUUACCCCCCAAAACGCACUUGGCUAAAGCGCAGAAAAAAUUUCGAAGCAGAAUCCACCCUCACUCUUGCGGAAAAAAAAUCCAGUCUCACUGUUUUUUUGAUAUCUUGAAUAAUUGUUUGUUUAUUUGCGGUUGCUAGCACUUCAGUCUGGUUCACAGCAAGACAUACACAGAUAUCCACAAGAGCCAGCAGUCACGUUCCUCGAUCCUCUGCCCCAGCUUGUAAUAGCCAGUUCAAUUGUUGUAAACAAAUACAACCUUGAGUACUCGCAAAGUGUACCUCAUUGGAAAACAACAAAGAGUAAUAACAAACAACAAUAGUAGUACAAGUAGUGUUACCUAUAAUAUCUCAGUGUUACUUACAGCAUAUCGUUUCGAACGCGUUCUUCCCGAUCCCUUCAGUCAUUUCCCUAGCACGGUAGCUGAACAUCAUCAUCUGAUCGUAUUGAUCGUCUAGUGGUAUCGUAGUUCAAGAGAAGUUGGAAAAUCUGUAGAAAUCUUUUUUCCGGUCAUCUGAACACAUUUAUUCCUGAUAUCUUGACUGUAUUCAUUCCUUCAUCUGACACAUCUCCAUUAUGAACGGCAACUUCAACAACGGCUUGCAACAGACGUCGGCCACGGCCCAACAGUAUCCUUCACAGCCGUACGGCUCGUACUAUAUCCAACAAGGCCAACCCCAAACGACGCAGUCGAUACAAUCCACAGGGCAGCAGACCCAGCAGCAACAACAAGUGCAAGGUCAGCAGCAAGCACAACAUCUGCAGCUGCAACAGCCGCAAACAGGCGCGUCUGCGUCUGAUUAUUAUGUCCGCUACCAGACGUCGUACGGUGCUGCUCCACCAAACUACUCCAUGUACCAGCAAUCGAUACCAGGCCAGUUGUCGCAGCCUCAGCCUCAGCACUACAACCAGAUGGCCUCGGCACAGACCGGCGCUACCACUGCCUCGUCCUACGGGUCAGCAGCGGCUGCUGUAGCUAGUUCCAGCGUUGGAACGACGUCUAACACCCAAUCUACGCCAAUUCAGGACACCAUCAACUCCUCCAGCAACUCCACUGUUAGCCAGUAUCAGCCUCCGGGAAUCAGACCCCGUGUCACCACCACAAUGUGGGAAGACGAGAAGACGUUGUGUUACCAAGUAGAUGCCAACAACGUCUCAGUUGUCAGAAGAGCCGACAACAACAUGAUAAACGGUACCAAGUUGUUAAACGUAGCCCAGAUGACGCGUGGUCGUCGUGACGGGAUCUUGAAGUCGGAAAAAGUUCGUCACGUCGUCAAGAUCGGAUCCAUGCAUUUGAAGGGAGUUUGGAUUCCCUUCGAACGAGCAUUGGCCAUGGCACAACGAGAAGGUAUUGUAGAUUUGUUGUACCCCUUAUUUGUUCGUGAUAUAAAGCGAGUUAUACAAUCAGGAGUAACUCCUAGUGCUAGCAACGCUGCUUCUACUGGUGCUGCAUCUGCUGCUGCUGUUAGUUCGAAGGCUACAUCGACACCAACACCAGCUGUGCAACCUUCGCUCAACAGCUUCUAUCUGCAAUAUGGUCAGCAAUAUGGCCAACAGUACUCUGCACCACAAGUCAACGGUACAGCAGGUACUGCCUCCGCUGCAUCUGCAAGUGCCACCACUGCUGGUGCAUCUACGGCAGGAACCUCUGCUACGGGCCAGCAAUCGCCACAGCAAGCCACAUCGUCUACCGCUACUACCGACAGCUAUCAACAGCAGCAACAGUUGCAGUUUCAACAGCAGGCCCAGCUGCAAACUCUUCCCCAGCUGCAACAACAGCAGGUUUAUGGCUACCAGCAACCAUACUACGCCGCCUCGUCUGGAGCCCCUAACCAAUACUAUCCAUACAACCCUACUGCUGCUAGUUAUUCCAGCUACGGGAACCAGCCGGUGUAUUCGCCUUUUGGCUACGUGAAUCCCGUGCCUCCCCAAAUGCCUCACCAAGCUCAGCAGCCUCAUCAGCAGCAGCCACAACCAGCCCUGUUAGGUCAGACUAGCUCGCUAGCACUGGCUCAAACUUCUGCAGCCAAUGGUAGUGCUGUUGCUUCUUCUGAUGCUGCUAGCAAGAAGGAAGAAAAAUAGAGUGAAAAGUUCAAGCCGGAAUCAUAAAGAGAAGAAAUCAAAGAUACGAAAGGUCUAAUGGUUUUUGUGAUAGAGCUACUACUUUGUAAUAUACUUUUAUGAAUACCGGCCAUGAAUUUUUCAAAAAAAAUUAUUGUUGUGGUUUAUCUUCAGCAUGAUUUCUGGCAUUGCUCUUGAUUGCAACCGCAACCCUCCCGUUAAUUCCUAGUCAUACACUCCUCGUCUACCAGAAUUGCUAGCAGAAGAGAGAGCUUCGUUCCACCAACUGUACAUUUUUUUCUAAACAAAGAUACUUAGAAGAGUUUUUGUUACGCUAGAUCUAUAUUUUCAUUUACUUGCUUCCCAAAAUUACAUUGCAGUACAUCAUUAUAGUUGCUAAUCCCUCGUUUUUGUUUUUGUUCCAUUAUGAGUAUCCAUUGUUUUACAACUAGUUCCAAGUUUGCUUUUGCUAAUCUUCCUUCCUUUGUAUUAAAUAGUGUAUUUAUGUUCUAUACUUGUCUUCAUAGCGUAGCCAGAAGCGAAUUAUUACUCCUUACUUUAAAAUUAUUCAUUAAACGAUAAUCUUCUUCAGAAA